AUGUCCUUCCCGCAGCUGGGCUACCCGCAGUACCUGAGCGCCGCGGGGCCCGGCGCCUACGGAGCCGAGCGCCCAGGGGUCCUGGCCGCGGCCGCCGCCGCCGCUGCCGCCUCGUCGGGCCGGCCGGGCGCGGCGGAGCUGGGUUCGGGUGCGGGCGCCGCCGCCGUCACCUCGGUACUGGGCAUGUACGCGGCGGCCGGGCCCUACCCGGGCGCACCCAACUACAGCGCCUUCCUGCCCUACGCCGCCGACCUCAGCCUCUUCUCGCAGAUGGGCUCCCAGUAUGAGCUUAAGGAUAACCCCGGAGUGCACCCCGCCACCUUCGCAGCCCACUCGGCUCCUGCCUACUACCCCUAUGGCCAGUUCCAGUACGGGGAUCCCGGGAGGCCCAAGAACGCCACUCGGGAGAGCACGAGCACGCUGAAAGCCUGGCUGCAGGAGCACCGCAAGAACCCCUACCCCACCAAGGGCGAGAAGAUCAUGCUGGCCAUCAUCACCAAGAUGACCCUCACGCAGGUGUCCACCUGGUUCGCCAACGCGCGCCGGCGCCUCAAGAAGGAGAACAAGGUGACUUGGGGCGCGCGCAGCAAGGACCCCGAGGACUGCGGGGCGUUGUUCGGAAGCGACACGGAGGGCGAGCCCGAGAAGGCCGAGGACGAUGAGGAGAUCGACCUGGAGAGCCUCGACAUCGACAAGAUGGACGAGCACGACGGCGACCAGAGCAACGAGGAGGAGGAGGACAAGACCGAGCCCCCGCGCGCGCCCGUCCUGGCCCCCGGCUCACCGCUGGCUCCAGCCGCCGCCUCUCACGCGCUCCAGCCUCAGGACUCGCCCCUGGGCCUCGCCAAGGAGGGCGCCGAGCCGGGCAGCACGCGCCUGCUGAGCCCCGGGACGGCCGCGGUGGCCGGCCUCCAGGGCGCCCCGCACAACAAGCCCAAGAUCUGGUCGCUGGCCGAGACCGCCACGAGCCCCGACGGCGCGCCCAAGACGUCCCCGCCGCCGCCCGUCAGCCACGCGGGCGCCCCCGUGCAGCACCCCGCCUUCCUGCCCAGCCACGGACUCUACACCUGCCACAUAGGCAAGUUCUCCAACUGGACCAACGGCGCUUUCCUGGCGCAGGGCCAGCUGCUCAACGUGCGCUCCUUCCUCGGCGUCGGCGCCCACCACGCCGCCCCGCACCUGCCCGCUCCGCCGCCGCCGCCGCCCCCGCCGCCGCCCCCCAUCGCCGUCGCCCCCGGGGCUCUCCACGGGGACAAGAGCUCGGCCCGCAGCAGCCCCACGCUCCCAGAGAGAGACCUACCCCGGGCCGACUCACCGGCACAGCCCUUAGCGUCUUUCCAGCCGCUGCGGGACAACUCCCUGGCCCCUCCCGAGGGCGCGCCGCGGAUCCUCGCCGCCCUCCCGUCCGCCUGAUCCGUCC